AGGCAGGUCAGCCAUAACACUGAUGAGUCCAUCCGUAGAAAUGCCAAUCGUCGGAUCAGUAUGGGGGGAAUUCUGUUUGGAAGGACUGACUCCUGUUAUGGAACUCCUUGGCUACAAAGCUGGCAUCGAAGAAAUCAUUGCGGGAGUGGAGGUUGGCGUUGGUGACUUCCAGAAGGAUUUGAAAAAGUCGAUCCCAAUACCCGGAAUAAUUAAAGGCGAACAGAAAUUUGGGGAGUGUGGACAAAACCCCCCUGUAAAUCCACCACCGCCAACUAGGGCACCACCACCAACCCCUGAUAAACCAACAACAACCCCUGAUAAACCAACAACAACCCCUGAUAAACCAACGACAAUUCCUGAUGCUCAAACAACAACCCCUGAAGCUCCAACGACCACCCCUGAUGAACCGUGCACCAUUGAACUGGUUUUUCUUCUUGACGGAUCCUGGAGUAUCGGGCCAAUCAAUUUUGAAGAGAUGAAAGAGUACAUUCGUGAUGUCAUUGCCUGCCUAGAUAGCACGAAUACUAAGGUUUCCGUUAUUCGUUACGAUGAGAAGCCAAUGACAUACAUCACAUUGGGCGGGUACACCAGCAUCACACAUCUGCAGUACCUCAUCAUGUACGUCAGCUUCCAAGGCUCUCUCACAAAGACCGGCCAUGCAAUCCGAUACAUGGCGACCGUGGUUCCAUUCGACUCUUCUGUGCACAAAGCAGCUGUCGUCGUAACUGAUGGAAGGUCACAGGCUGAUGUCCAUGGGAAGAAACAAGAUGGCUACGCGGAAAGUGCCAGUGAAGCAAGGAAUGCCGGGAUUGAGCUGUUUUGCAUCGCCGCCGGUAUAGAUGUCUUCAUUAACUACGACGAGCUCAACAUCAUCACGGACAACCCUGCAAGGGUGGUGUACUGGAAGCAGAUGGACCCGUGCGAGUUUGCAGUGCUGCUGCUGACCGAAUUAUGUGGCUAAUGCAGUGCUCAUGAGGCCUACUACUUUCCAGUUUGGCGGCAUUCUAAAAGUUGCUUUGUUAGAUACGCAGCUAGAAAGGUAAAAAUACACCAUUGAAUGUACAAACGGUGAGUAGAAACAUGACUUGCCUGGUGGCCAAAUAGUCUAAUAAGGUAACUCACUUAAGUUUGAGUUUACUUAAUCAACUCACAGUGGAUGCGAUGGCUUGAGCUGCAGCUGUAUAUGAAUUAAAUACAUAAUAAGUUAUUACGUGCUAUAAAUCAUUCAUAUAUCAUAAGCGCAUGCCUAUACUUGCAGGCACCCUCUAAUAAACGACUGAAAUACGUUUUAAAAUUAUUAGCGACCAACAUUGGCAUAUAAUGAAAUUGUAAGUGACUCUUAGUAACUUUGGCAUAUCGAUAAAAGCACAUUGUGAAAUUUACCUUUAAUUAAUUUACAAAACAAUGCCAUUUAUCUACAAUUAAAAGACAUGAUGAUUCUGUUAAGUUACUAACUAACGUUAAUACUUAAGAAUGCUGAUACACAUUCUUAGAGAAUCACAUGUGCAUAUCUUAAUCAGCAUUAGUUACAAUUAAAAUUA